CUCUUCGACUGCAUCACCAACGAGGUUCCUGGUCUGCCUGAUUACCACCGGUCUUGCCUCGUGAUGCGUGCGUUCAUCACCUGCGGGGCGUCUUCGCUGCUCCUGGCUGGCGCUCGCGCCUUCACUGCAUCUCCAGCCUGCGCGCGCUUCUCGAUCGCGCAGAAUGCACACCGCAUCCAAACACGGGGAUCUUUGUCUCGUGUCCCCUCAUUUUCUUCUUCGGGUCGUAGCGGUCAGCAGCGAAGACUUAGAAUGGAAGCUUCAGGCGACAGCGCCGAAAGUGCGACCGAGAAAAAGGAAGAGGCAAGCGGACACAGCCCUCCGAAGGCCACCGGACACGCCGCCGGCCCCGGGCCGCAGAGGUCUCCAGAACAAGAGGCCCUGGCGGCCAGGAUACAGGAGCACCAGCAGGCCGCCGCUCGCCUCUCGCACACGGAGGAGGUCCGAAACCUAAUGCAGUACAGCACUGGCUUUGGAGUGCUCAGCACCAACUCCCGGACGCUCGAAGGGUACCCUAGCGGCUCGGUCGUGGGGUUCUCGCUGGACGAUAAGGGCCGACCCCUAUUCGCGUUCAGCUCCAUGAGCGCGCACACGGGAGACCUCGCCGCUGACUCCCGCGUCAGCCUCACGGUAACCGCGGCCACCUUCAAGGGAGCGGCGGACGGCCGCGUGAGCUUGAUCGGAGACGUGAACAAGGUGCCGGAAGAAGACCUCCCCAGCGUUCGCGAGAUGUACAAGAAAAAGCACCCGAACGCCUACUGGGUGGACUUCGGCGACUUCCGACUCAUGCGUAUGGACACUAUCAAGGCCAUGCGGUUUGUUGGAGGGUUUGCCAUGGCGGGAGACGUCAACCCAGAAGACUACCUGACGACUGCUCCCGAUGCCGUAGCGGAGUUCUCCGCCCCCAUCAGCAAGCACAUGAACGACGACCACUCGGACACCACGAGGGCUAUGAUCGCGCAUUUCAUCACGGGAGGAGUGGAGGUGACUUCGGCCCAGAUUACGGCCGUGGAUCGACUGGGCAUGUACGUGCUUGUGGGCAUGCCGGACGGACAAUCCGGCAAGCUCAGGCUGCCCUUCCCGCGGCCGGCCGAAAGCCGGAAAGAUGUGAAAACCUUGAUCGUCGAGAUGACCCAAGCGGCCAUGGCAAAGUAGGGGGGAAACUAGGAGGAAACAACGUUUUUAGGGAUAUGACGUUGAUCGAUGACUCUGUGCAGCUUCGCGAUGAUUUGCUGCAAGUGUUGCUGAGUUUUUCGGCGUGAACAACAACGAAACUGGGUAGUCUUCCCACCCUCGGAAUCUACUUCUCGGUGACUAGAUCGUUUAGAAUUGGUUCUGUGUAGGCAAGAACAUACCAAGCAUUGAGCGAUGAGGUAGCGGUGGAGGGUGGGUCGGGAAAAGUGUGGCGAUUUGGUUUUGAUUUGUAAGCUUGGGGCUUCCACGCCCAAUCACGCCCAUGCUUAGCGCUUCGGCAUAUAGAGAUGGAUUUUCAACGGCAAGAUUACACAAUCUUGGCGGACCCUGGGGCUAGCGAGGGUAUUCGGAACCAAAGAGAAUAGGCGCGAGUUGCCGAACUGAUUGGCACCUCAUGCCACCGACACUUGUUUCAAGCACGUCGGAGAGAGAGCGAGAGGCCAACCCAGAGAGAUAGAGAGAGACAGAGAGAGAGAGAGCGAAAGUGAUACGUAGGUUCUUCCCCGUUUAUCUCCUGCUCUCCGCCGCACCGUACCUCGAGACUCACUACUACCAAACACAC